AGGGACAAAUGGUUGUAGCUGGUCUUCAGACUCUGGACUUUCUUAUAGACUUGCCUGGAUGAUUUUACUUGAAGUGCUGAAUAGAGAGCAUGAAAGCUUAGGUAUGGCACAGUGAAGUAGUAACUGACUGAUUACCAUGAAGAGAAAUCCUAUAAGCCUGACAAUAAGAGCAAAGCACUCAUAUGUGUCUAUUUGGAGGACACAUCACAAAGUUGGAAGGGUCUUUGCAGAAGCAACCCCAACAAUGUAGAAGAGACAGGGAGAAUUGAUGCGGCAAGUAAAAGAGUGUUUCUCGCGGCUUGUGACUCUCUACCCACUCUUGACGCCACAUACAUACCCUAGCUUGCAUAUGCUCUCCUCUCCUCAAAAUUAAAGGCACAUGAACACCAUGCCCUAGAAGAUAAGGGCCAAUGUGUCCUCACUCCUUAGGGAAUGAGGGCCAAAAUGGAGUUUAAGGGAGGCCCGUGGGCCCCGCAGGUUCUGAAGCAAUGUUAUUUGGGGUCACGUGGGAGCGUGGAAGCAAGGAAGGAAGGAACAAAACCCAAACUGCACAUGAAAACACAUUGAUGUUUGGGUUUCUUGACUGGCACGUGCGCAUGUGGCCUUCCUUUCUUUUUUAUUUAUGAGGGGAGGGGCUAUGUGGCGCACUUUUAGUGAUGACUUUUUGUGAUCCAACUUUUGGGUGCAUGUAUCCAUGCCACUUGCUGUCUCUAGAUCCGUCCAAAGUUAAAAUGAAAUGCAUUUUCCCCAAAAGGCCAAAACCUUGGCAAAAAUUUUAUAAAUUCCAAAACUAAACAGCAAUAGAUCCGUGUAUCCAAGGAUGUUAUCUUUUAAUUUGAUAAACAACUUUUAAGAUUGUUAUGGGUAGAUUCUUGGUCUAUAUGAUGCUUUUAUUUUUUGAUUUUCAAUCGGUGAUCAGUUACAUUACAAGUCUUUGACUCGAAAGACUACUCUAUCUUAUAUUGUUAAUGUUUCUCAUCCCAUGUAGAUGUCAUGACUUAAAUUGGCCACCAAUUAAGAGGUCAAUCCCUACUUACUAUAUUCUAAAAGUUGAGUUAGGCUUUCAUGAUGUUUGCUAAAGAUUAAUUACAAAAACUAAUCUUUGAUAGUUUAUAUUUGACAUUUAUGAGGAUGUCCUGUACAUCUCCCACCAUAUCAUAAGAAUGUCUUUCAUUUUCAUUUUUCUUAUGUGCUUAGUUAUUUUAUCUUGAUGAUGUUAUGGUUCCACUUUCUUUUUUGUGCAAACACUCUUGUGCAAUCCCUACUUACUAUAUUCUAAAAGUUGAGUUAGGCUUUCAUGAUGUUUGCUAGAGAUUAAUUACAAAAACUAAUCUUUGAUAGUUUAUAUUUGACAUUUAUGAGGAUGUCCUGUACAUCUCCCACCAUAUCAUAAGAAUGUCUUUCAUGUUCAUUUUUCUUAUGUGCUUAGUUUUUUUAUCUUGAUGAUGUUAUGGUUCCACACUCUUUUUUGUGCAAACACUCUUACUUAAAUGGUAAAUGUUUCCCAUGUUUUUAAAACGUGCAAUUAGAGGUGGAGACAACGGUUGAUUUGAAAGUUAGAAGUACAUGAUUGGAUUUCCUCAUAUCUGCAGCAGUAGCUUGAUGUCUUGUUUUUCUUGACCACAAUAUAAAACAAGUCUAUAUUCUCCCUUAAUCAUAUUGUUUUUCAUUGCAUGAACAGGAAAAAUCAGUGUUUAGGAAAUUAAGGAUGCAAGUUGAGGAGAUAAAGCCCUCCCCAGUAUCCAACACCAUGAGAAUGGUACAGCGACGAUGUGGUCACCAUCAACCACGAGGGCCGCUCAUGAUCAUAGUGUUGUUCUUCGUGUUGUGCCCAUGAUUUUUUCUUUAACUUUUCCUUUUUGAUUAAUUAACAAUUUUUAAUACACCAUGGGAAUCUAUGCUGUAAUGGGGUUUGUUUAAUUAUGCGUUACCUUAAUUAUUGUUUAAUGUAGUGUCCUUUUUGAAAAGAAACAAGAGAUCAGAAUAUUAUAUGCUGCUGCACAACUUGGCCUUAAAAUAAUGUUAGUAAAUUAUA